CAUUCCAAGCAUUUAGUCGCCUUGAGUCGUUGGUCGUAACCAGUCCCACUAUCUCGCGCUGGCUAAAUUGUGCCAUUCAGUUUGCGAUCAUACUAUGUGACUCCGGGGGGACGUACGAACUGAUUGGCUCUCCGAUUUCUUCUCCUUUUCUAAAUACACAUAGGUUCUACUUCAUUCUCGUCAUCACGCGGAGCAAACCAACCAUGUGAAGAAAACCCAAGACCUAUGCUGCCAGUCAUUACACAAACUCUGCAAGACCCUUCUACAUAAGGAUUUUUUUUUUAUAGAUUUUGGCAAUUUAUCUAAUAUCUGCCAGUCAUUAUCAAGUCAUCAUUGGAUUGUGUGCACAGUACUUUUAAUGUAUUAAGGAGAUAUUUAUUACUGCUAUAAUUGCUAAAACAAAAAAAUAAAAAUGUUCUCUGGAUAUAUAACUGGCCGCCUUAGAGAGGCUAAGAAGCUGACGGAAGGUAGGCUUAAGGAAGCUGGACGUUUGAUGGAGAUGAGUCACUUGCCAGUGAAGAGAGUGGAUGAAGUAUCUGAAACAUUACGAGAACCUGGUAUUAUCACUGGGUAUAGAAAUGAAAAUUGUUCUGUGUUGCAAGCCAUGGUUUCCCUUUUCAAUUACACCAAUGAAACUGUUAAUUUCUGGACUCACUUUCUGGCAUUUUUGUAUUUCUUGUGGUUACUUGUAUCCCUUGCCACAAUUAUGCCUCUUUUUGAGGACCAGUAUUAUUAUCCCCUGACGUGUUAUUUGUUUGCUUCAUGUGCUUAUCCACUUAUGAGUUGUUUGGCUCAUGCCUUUUCUUGUCUGUCUCUGACUGCCUUGCAUAUCUGCUACUUUAUUGAUUAUGCUGCCAUAUCAAUGUACACAUGGUCUGUUGCUGUUAUAUAUUUUUUCUACUCUUUUCCAGUACAUUUGAUGAACACUUGGUAUUCACAGGUCUUCCUUCCAAUAGCUGUACUGAACUCUCUUCUUGCAACUUUCUGUGCAUCUUCUUCCCGUUUCUUUAAAACACCUGGAAUUCAAAAGGUUUUAAGAAUUGUUGCAUUUGUUGUGCCAUUUGUGUGGGAUUCAGCACCUCUGAUAAUCAGAUUAUACAACUGCGAUUAUGAAAAUGAUUCCUGUGCUGAAUCGAGUAUUUAUCACAUUCAUCAGUUUUUGUGUGUGGGGGUUGCUUUCUUUUUCUAUGGAUCACACCUUCCAGAACGUCUUGCUCCUGGUUGCUUUGACUAUGUUGGACAUUCUCAUAACUUACUUCAUGUCUUCAGUAUUCUAGCUACCAAUGAACAAAUGCGUGCCAUUAUCAUUGACUUGCAACUACAGCAGGACAAACUAGAAAAUCUGAACUGGAUUCCUACAAGUACAUGGUCCACUAUAGCUUCACCAUUAGUGUUCCUCUUGAACAUUCUCCUUGUAUUAAUUCUUGCUUACUCUUUAUUCAAUCACAGACACUGUUGUAAACAGCCCAGCAUCAACUGUCUCUCCCAGUCAAUUAUACAAAAAUCUACUGUGCAAGUAACGACAGACAGUGUUGAAGUGAAGAAAAGCAAAUGACAAGGUCCAAAAUAUAUAUCACUUUGUGAUUGUCAUACCUACUAUUACUUCUUGUCUUACAUUUACAGUAAGAUAGGAACAGCAAGCACAAGUAAAGUCCUUAUUAUACAGUAUUGUAUCUAACUUUCUGGUGCUGCCAGAUGAUUCUACUGUUACAGGUUCCUUUGAGGAAUUUCUGCUCCUCUACUUUAAUAGCCCAUAAUCAAUAUAAAUAGUGCCUUACAAUUAUAACUGAUCGUUGGCAUGAUCAUGCUGUUUGAUGAAUGUGUUUGUAAUCGUCGUCAUUUUUUCUUCGUUCAGUUUCUGGCACAAGGUCUAUUUGGUUCUGGGUAAUGCAAUACCUGAGCUUAUUGUUCUUGCAUGUGGUACUUUUCAUAAUACAGAAUUUUCUCCUUUAUGCAAGGAAAUUCCACAGAAAAAGUACAACACUUGUUUCUGUAGUAGUUAAUAUAUAAUUUCAUUAAUCUCCACUUUCACCAUUAACCAUUCCUUGUUAUUUCAGAGUAAAUGGGCAUUGGAUGGGUCUGUGAGAUAAAUGCAUUAAUUUCUCACCUCUGGGAUCAAUUAUCUUAGGAUACGAGUUAGUCUAGUCUUUUUAAGUUACAUACACACAAAAGUCCUAAGGCUGAGUUCUAGUUUCCUUGGGGUAUUUUAUAUAACUUAAAUAUGGAAUUUUCCAGAUCUGCAACUUAAGUGUUGUAUACUAAUGAACAAUGGGGAAGCCAUUGUACAUCUUUAUAUAUAUAUAUAAUAUAUAGGCAGUUUUUACAUUUUCAUGCAGUGGAAUAUUGUUUUUAUGAAGAUUUUGAAAGAAAAAUAAAUAGGAGCAAUUUUUCACUGUGGAGAGAGAUUUAUGUCAAGUACCUGUUUCUAAGUGCUGUACGUAUAUGACAAUUACAUUUCCUCCCCCACCUUCCUUGACAUUUGAGUGUAAGGGAAUUUGAAAUUUCCAUGUAUGUGGUGUUAGAAAUUAGGGAAAGACUAUUUCACAAGGGUGUAAGCAGUUCGGAAUUGGUGUGACUUUAUACAGUAACAGCUACUUAAGUAGCAGUUACUUUGUUUUCCCUCUCAAAAAUACAAUGAAUGUAUAGAAGUGAAAGUCUGUAGCUUGAAGUUCACACAAACUUUUAUUGCUUGCCUCUUGGGGAUUGUUUUAUAAAUGUGAGGUAAUGUUGAGUUUUCUAAUCACCAUGCCACUGAUAUAUUUGAUUGCUACCUUAAAUGUUGAAUGUUAAUCUGUAUUGUAACUGUUAGUAGAUAAUCAAUUCUCUAAAAGAUGGUUUUUUUUACAAUCCCUACUUUGAGGUUAACCAGUAACCAGUUCAGCAAAAUGGGACCUACAAAGGAGACUAAUUUUCACAUCUUGGCAAGUUUCAUCCCUUGCAUUUAAAGUGCAAUAGUUAAAAAGGAUCAGGUUGGGUUGUCAUUGAUGUUGGUAAAUGUUAGAUUACGGAAUAGAAAAUAAAAAUGAGUGUUUAUUAGCUUCUAAGGCUAAACACAAAUGUUUUAAUUACCUAUUGUGAAAUGCAGUUGGCUAUGGGUUGGUAGUUGUCAUGUUUAGUUUAGGUUGGCAAAUUGGUAUCUUUAGACUGAAUUGACUUGGUCACCCAAAUUCAAGGAUUAAACAGAAUUAAAGCUUUUUCUGUGGGGAAUGUAGGUGGUAUUGCAAUAUGCAUUUAGGUGAAAAAUCAGUGAUGGGUUGGUAGUUGAUACAAGUUUAGUAAUAAAUUUUCUGUAAAUAUUAGUUUGGUAUAAUGGAUAUUUUUAUAUUUUGAGUUGGUAUCAGAAAAUUCUGGAGGGGAUUAUUUUUCCAAGGCUGUGCAACAUAAAAUAGCAUAGGAUUAAUUAAAACUGAAAACUAUAUAUGAAAAGGAAUUAGAGGUAGGAUUUGCAGAAGCAAAUCUUAACAAUAAAAAAUUGCUUGUAAACUAGAGUUGUGCAUAAAAAGGAUCUGGUGUAUAAAUUUGAAUUGAAAGAGAAAUUAAGGAAUUACAAGUUUCUUUUUUGUGCCCUUGAAGAAACAAAUACUUUUGAUGACCUUUCAUGUUAACCUAUGUAUACUAUAUCUACUCGCCCAAUAUGCUGCCGAUUGCUUUCAUGCUGAGAGCUUAAUUUAUAAAUAGCAGUCCAGCCCUAUAAUUAUUAAAUAUCAACAUUUUACAGCUGAUAUAUUUUGACUUUAAACUACUUCCAUGCUUGAUAGGAAGUCAAAGAUAAGGGCCACAUUUUGCAAUAAGCUAGCAGUCUUGUGUAAGCCAAAAAUGACAUUAAAACAACUUUUAUAGCUAAUUUUGUCUUGUUUGUAUGCAUUUCUUACUAAAUAUUUAAAUAAAUUACUCUGUCCAUUGAUAACUGAGGAAAGGGAAUAGCUUAUCUUUCAUGAUUUUUCAAAACUUGUAAUUAGUAAAUACUUUUCUACAAUGGCAAGACAGUGUUAAAAUCUUUUUAAUGCAUCAAUAUUUAUAUCUAUUUCAACUUUAUAUUAUAAUUUGUUUCAAUAUCUAAGGAAUCUUUAUUUUUCCCCCAUUUUCUCUUGCGUGACUGUACCUGUGGACAGUUUCUGUAUUCACUCUUGUUAUACAUAUUCAAACAAAACUGUCAAGGAUUGCAAAUGUAAUCUUAUAAUAAUUUGGAAAUUUCAUUUGGAAAUGUCAAACCUGACUCAUAUUUAUUGUUGUAGACACAACUGAUGAUUUGUAGUCAGUUUUUGUGUACAGUAACCAUUGGAGUGUUUUUAUUGGCAGAGUUCCCAUGUAAUAAAGUAACAUUCUGAUCACUGAACUAGGUCUACUUGUGCAGUUACCUGAAAGACAAUUCCAUGUCUUAUCAUGUAUUGUUAAUUACACAUAAUUUCAGACUGACUUACAGGUCUAUCUUAAGUUAUAAUGCAGACUGAAGAUAAAACAAGGGAAAAUUAAUACAAUAUAUUACUCUGUUCUUAACACAUUCCAGUGGUUUUUCCAUGAAUACCAUUUAAAAAAUAAGUUUGAUAUUUUGCUAAGACCAUUGUAUUUGCACUUUGUGUAUGUAUUUGCACUUUGUGUACAUUUUUUUUCAUAUCCAAACAUUUUUAAUUUUGAGCAAGAUUUUUUUUGUUACUGACAUCAAGAGUGUAAUUUAAUACUAAACGGCAUUCAGCCUUCAUUGGAAAAUAUACUAUGGAGAAACCAUGUAUUUAUACUAAUGAGAUAAGUAUGUUUAAACAUGGAUGCAUGAUUUUUCUGAAAUUUUACAUCAGUAGGACACCACCAAUCAUGUAAAACAUGAAAGCAAUAGAUAUGUUUAAGCAGAAAUCCACAUGCUGCACUCAUGAUUUUCAACUUGACAACUGUGAACAGUAGUUAACCUCAGCAAACAAACAUCUAUCCUGAGGUACAAUACCAAGUAUGACAAUAUUACUGCUAGUGUUUUAAUCAAAUGUACUAGGCUCAGUCUGCCACAACAAUAGUGAAAAUAAUUAAGUUCAUAAGUCAGUCAUCAAACCUAUUGAGAGUCAAUUCACUAAAUAUAAUUUUAUAGAAAAAAAAACCUAUUGCCAAGUUUCUUAAGGGGCUAUACUACAUCAUCUUGGUUUUCCCUAUCCAGUAUCUACAAAUUGAGACUUACAGUGACUCACCAGGGUUGUGUAAACAAAAGUUUGCUGUUUAUCCCUCAAAGUUUUACACACUGAAAUUUACUCACUUUGAGCUUCAGUACUACUAGAUAUUUCUAGUUACCAAAGCACUUGAAAAAUUAUAUACCCAAAAGAAAUUACUAUAUAUGAAUCACGUGUAUUGUUUCAUAGAAAUCUCUGAUUAUUUCUUUUGGUCAGUUACUCCAUAUCUCUGAUGUUUACACUUAAGGAGCAUACUGUUAGGUACUGGUAUAGGCCCUACCUUGCUGACUAUGGUGGCAGGAAUCUUGUUAUAAUUUGUAUAUUGUAUGUUCAGCUGCAUGUGAAAAUCUUUUUAAAUUUUAAUACUUUUAUAUAACUACUGUGACACAUAAAGAAGUGGUCAAAGGAAUAUUCUUUCAUAACUUUUUGUAAAUUUUUGAAUAAAAAUAAAACAUGAA